GAUAUUAUUUAUCCUCUUCUCGAAGUUGGUUCCUGUUUGCGUUGUGUUUUCCAUGGCUUGAAAUAGACCAAGAAGUAGACCAUGAAAUAGACCAAAAAGAAAUAGACCAAGGAGAAAUAGACCAAGAAAGAAGAGAGUGA